GUGGCUGCAGGAGAGUGGGAAAACAAGUGAUUUUACCUAACACAAGCAAGAAAAAAAUAGAGAGAGAAAAGGGACAGAAAGAACAGAAGGACAACAGAAGAGCUGUGUAAAUUAUUUCUUACAUUUAAGCCUCUGGAAGACUCCCAGAGGAGCCACAAGAAGAAGCAACUCUCUCCGCCUCCCUCUUUCCCUCCCUUCAAUCUCCUCCUCUGCCUUCCCCAGCACUCUCACCCAUCCAUGAGUGCGACCAACUCCUCUGCCUAUCGAUCGGAGCGUAGUUUCCACCAGACUUCAUCCUCGUCCUCAUCCUCAUCCUCAUCCUCUAGUAACCCAUACAUGGAGAAAAGCCGGGGACUGUUCGCUGAGGACUUUGGCUCCUUCAUGGGGCCUGGGAGUGAUGCCUUGGGGUUUUCCAGCGGAUCUGGAAAUAUCAAGACUCUUGGGGAUUCCUACCAGUUCACAGUUGACGUGCGAGACUUCUCCCCUGAAGAUGUCAUCGUCACCACAUCCAACAACCAGAUUGAAGUUCGAGCAGAAAAGUUGGCCCAGGAUGGUUCAGUGAUGAACACUUUCACACACAAGUGCCAGCUACCUGAGGAUGUGGACCCCACCUCAGUGACAUCAUCACUGGGCACCGAGGGGACCCUAACAGUCAGGGCACGGCGACAUCCGGCCAAACACGAGCUUGUACAAACCUUCCGCACCGAGAUCAAGAUCUAGAGAGGGACCUGCUUUCUUAUCAUAAACCUCUCACUUUUUGUGAUUUUAUGCAACUUCCUUUAUUUCCUGUCUUCACUCAAACCAUUCUUUACUUUAAACACUCAACAGAGAGUUGGCACUGCGCUCUAUGAAACAUGCCACAUCCUCCUCCGUGACUGCAACAAUGCCUGUCGCUGCUCAUUUAUAUUCUGACAUAGUCCACCAUACACAGCAGCAAUAGGUCAUACCUACGUGUAACAUAUUGAGACACAGGGGCUGGACAAGUACAGCAUUCUCACAAAGACACACACACACACACACACACACACACACACACACACAGAGCAAUUGACGGAUCAGUUCACUUCUAACACAGUUCUAAAAACGAAAACUCACCUCUGAAAUUGAUGGUUGUCACGUUAAUAAUAAUUUAUUGUAUAUUAUCAUUUGUGUGAAUAAAAAUUAUCCUGCUUUGACAAUAAACAUCUGACAACG